AUGGAUGAACAAAAUAGGAAUCCAUUUGCGAGUUCAAGUGCAAGUGCAACAGCAGGGGGAAGUACAAGUGCGAGCUCGAACUCGAGUUUCAGUAGCAGCGUUGCUGACACAGAGGACGAUCAAACCAUUGCACGUAUAUUAGCAGAAGAUGAGAGAUUGAAAAGAGAGCCAAUGCUUGGGAAGAGAUUAUCUCAUUUGGAUUCUAUACCACACACUCCUCGGGUUAACAGGGAGAUACCUGAUAUAAAUGAUGCAACGUUAGACCAUGAGCUACUCUCUGGGAGGUUGGCCACAUAUGGUUUAGCUGAAUUACAAAUGGAGGGAGAUGGAAAUUGCCAGUUCCGAGCUUUAGCAGACCAGCUUUUCCGCAAUCCAGAUUACCAUAAACAUGUAAGGAAGCAUGUUGUGAAGCAGUUAAAGCAACAACGUAAGUUAUACGAAGAGUAUGUGCCAAUGAAAUACAGACAUUACACCAGGAAGAUGAAAAAACACGGUGAAUGGGGAGAUCACCUUACUCUUCAAGCUGCUGCAGAUCGUUUCGAAGCCAAGAUCUGCUUAGUCACAUCAUUUCGAGAACAAUCCUACAUUGAGAUACUUCCUCAUAACAAGAACCCUCUUAGAGAGGCUUGGCUUAGCUUCUGGAGCGAAGUGCAUUACAAUUCGUUAUAUUCUAGUGGAGUAGCUCUUGCUCUUCCAGAUGUUCCCACAAGAAAACCCAGAAAGAAGCAUUGGCUCUUCUAG